GUUUGACGUCAGUGGGUAAAGUAUUGACAGUACAGCGAAACAGCCAACUACGGGCUGCUUGAGAUUUUUUCGGUUUUCCUUCUCGGACAUUGAAACAACUCUCACACGCGCUGUGUGUCGGUACGUUCCAGAUUCACAAAACAACAUUGUCCAAAUCAAGACCAUGUUUUAAACUAUUCCAAAUUGAAACUGACAUACACUUUGAGUCUCUUAAAUUGGUACCAAAUAAGAAAGCUAUUUUAAUAACUGAUAUCUACUCAAAACUAUUUAAUGAAGAACUCCUGCUGUCAAUUUCAUUCAUGAAGUUUUAACCAUGAAGUCUACGGAGGGUGAGACAGACACACUACCUGGUGCUUUAUGACUACGACAGGAUGAAGUGUUUGCCUCUUGUUCUUUAUCUCAUAUUACUUAUUUAUUCUGUGCUCGGUUCCCUUCUUGCUCCGGUCAAUCUUUCCAUCAAGUCUAUCAACUUCCGUCAUGAGCUGCGUUGGGAUCCUGGUCCCAGCACGCCACCAGGAACAUCCUACAACAUUAUCAGGAGGGUGAACAAAAGAGAACCAAAACGGCUACAGUCUACUAACAGAACAUCAUUUAAGAUAAGGCUUCCACGCUACUACGUGCAAUAUGCCCUGACUAUCCAGGCGUCCCACAACCAAAGCGUGUCGCCAGAGUCCAGCAAACUCUUCUUCAACCCUUCCACAGACACCACAAUAGGUCCUCCAGAAGUCUCCCUGACUGGAUGUGGAAACUGCAUCCAAAUCAACAUUUCACUCCCUAAAGCUGAACGUGGCUCAGGAAUCGAGAAUCAAGAUAUCAAGGCAGUGUUCAAUCCUCAAUUCGAAGUCUUGUGGAGGAAACCUAAAGAAGCUGUGGAGUCCAUCAUAACAUCAGACAGCCUUUAUAACCUGACCAACCUACAGAUUGGUACGGAGUACUGUGUACAGGUGCGCAUGAAGAUUAAUGUGAACAAAAACACCUUACCAUCCACUUGGAAUUGUACCUUCACUAGCAUUGUGGAACCAAGAGACCUUUCUGUUUUAGGUGCAGUUGCUGCUUCUCUGAUUUUGGCUAUCUGUGUCCUGAUGAGCUCCACGUUUUGCCUCUGUUACACUGGAUUCCUUUGUAAACAGAAUGCUCUGCCCAGAGUACUACAUGAUACUCUGAGCCAAGGCUACACCCUGACACCAGAGAGAACAAUCCCUGACAAUAUCUCCAUCAGCGCAGGGGUGGAGAAACCGAGAAAGCUCAACAAUCCCAGAACUCCACAACCUGCCUCCAGGGGCAGUAACUCGGAUGGGGAGGAUGAAGAGGAAGAGGAACACGUCUACAUGGACAGAGCUGUAGAGCUUUCCUCAGGUGAAAGUUCCUGCCAAAACUCUGUUGAUGUGUCGGGGAACAGCAAGGUGGCUGCAUCAGGGGGCUCUGGGAGUUUGACAGUAGAGACAGAGGUACCGGACACAGAGUUUGAGGUUGAGGUCACACAUGGGCGCCUUGAUCGAGACGAGGACAAAGCUGAAGGAGCGGAGGUUUCUCUCAUGCCUGAGGUACAUGUCACAGUUGAAGUGGAUGAGGAGGAGGAUAAGGAGGAAGUGUGUGAGAGCUCAGGCAAUAUAAAUCUGUUCUCAGUCACCCUAGCUGCACUGGCUGUAUGCGAGGAAGGGGAGGAGGAGGAGCAGAAUACAAGAGAUUCUCUUGCAGACUUUUUGUCCGAUCUGGAGCCUCUACUGCCCGCAGACUCAAAAUGGACUUUGAGCCACAGAGACUCACAAACUGAGUCAGAUGAUCAGACAACUGUGGCAUUAAUGCUGCGUACACAAGAAGACAUCACUGCGACUGGGUCUGAAGGCAGACAUGCACACAUUUUUCCCUGUGACGGUGAGCAUGAAGAGACACAGGAAGAGGACAAGGAGGAGGAUGAGGAAGAGGAAUUCUCCGGAUAUAUGAGACACACAUGAUAAGUUGCUAUGACGUGUGUUACUGUAUGUGUAUAAGUAGCAUUAAUGAAUUUCUUCCCAGCAAGUAGAUUCCGUUCUUUUUGAGGGAAAGUUGCAACUGAAAUAUUUGAAUGUAGUUUUGGUGCUCUGAUUUCCUAAUAUUAAGGAAAAGCAAGAACACAAGACAUACAUUUCUCCUGCAGCUACAAUGCCAUGGUUGCCACCUGCACUUCACAUAUUGAAGUUCUUGGAAUUGCCAGUUUCUGACUUGUAAAUAGCGUUCUUGUAAACAUCCAAGUCCUAACUGAAACUUUUCUGAGAGCUCGGCUAUAUACGACUUAAUAAUACGGAACAGCCUAUAAAAGCCAAACAAAUAAAGAUACCUCACAUUAGCCUAAGCCAAAUUUGAUGAAAAUAAUGUUAUAUGAUUAUAUUUCACAGCAGACAUUUUGGUCUGUCAUAGUAGCACAAGCACAGGAGUUACUAAUAAUGAUGGCUCUGUUCAAUCCAAGUGUCCCAGUAAGCCGCGAGCCACAAUGAGCCAGCAUGGCCAAUACAACUGAAGCAGAUCAAUGGAAUUCAGACAUUUUUUAUUUACAAAACUCAACUCCGCAAUCAUACAACCAUCUCGAGUUCACUGAUGGCAUGAACACUCACAAGUUCACAAAUGGGAAUCUCUCCCAUGUAUUUUAUAUACCCUCCUUUGGGCAUUUUCCAAAAAUAUGGAAAUUAAAAGAAAUCUAGAGAUGUGUCGCCAGAUUAUACUACACAUGAUGUGUUCACUUUCGAAAAGUGGCCCAAUUAGGUUAUUUAUACGACCAAAACCCACUUUUUUUUUUAGUGUGAUAUUGAUUGUCCCACAAUGCACUAAUGAAAAUUGAGGCAAUACUCACAGGAAAUUCUAUUCCAAAGUUGCAGUUUGACAUUAACAGUUGGUGCACAUAUUGUAUAAUGUCCUGUUAGUACAAAAAAAUGUAUGUGGAUGUUUGUACUUGUAUACUAACUACACGAACAGUGAAAGUAUGUAGUUAGUAUAUACUUUAUACAAUUCAUAUGUCGGCCUAGUAUGGAACACAGCUCACUGAAGGAGGUCACACCAGAAAGGAAAUGGUACUGUAUAACUUGAGGGACUAACCAUAGACUGUACAUAAAGAGAUGUAAACAGUGAGAAGAUAAAAUAGUGGAGGUUUUGGCUAUGAUGUGAAUACAUGUGUAUGCUGUUCCCUUACAAUGCUGAAUGUUAGAUGUUGUUCAUCAUCAGAAUUGCCUGAGUAGUUGUAAUCUGAAUUUUGCACACCACUGAUGGUUAAUUGUUGAACAAUUAUGGCCUCUAUGCCUUGCAAACAACAGACAACUGAAGCUGCGCUCACUGCGCUGCCUCCCUCCCUCCCUCGUUGUAUUCUAGCAGUCUAUCUUACUUAUACUAGGUCACGUGAUUUCCUAUCACCAACCCUGUUGUCAGAUGCUGCCUUCACAUACCGGCGGACAAAUAUAAAUCACUAUGCUAGAUCGGAUCCGCUAGACGCAUCGACGUCACCCGCCUUAUUCUGCCUUGCUUUACCCUACGUCGACCAUUCUAGCAGAUCCGAUUUAGAAUAUACCACGGCCCCAAAAGGCGCAAAAUACAACUGAUAAUGUUUUCUGCUAACGUUACCCGAAAUCGGGAAAACAUAAAUUUGAAGGUGCCGUCAUGUCACCCCCUGUCUGCUGGAUAAUGCAUGCUGAUUAUUAUGUUUUCUAUUUAUUUGUAAUUGUGUAAAAUACCUUUACCUAUUAAGACUAUUUUGUUGUGUGUCUUGUUUUUAUGUUGUAAAGUAUCGCUGUUAAAUUUGUAGAUGCCAAAUUUUCUACAUUCUACCUAAUAACAAAACACAUUCCUGAUGUACAUCGUCUUUCUUACAUACAGUGAAAGUUGCUCUAUUCCUGAAAAAUAAAGCAACUAACGUUAUAGC